AUGCUCGGCAAAUGGCAAUCGGGAUCAACUAAUCGCCCACAUCCACAACCACAGCAACCUGAGAGCGUUGAAUCCAUCAACAAGUCAAACGCUACCAGUUACCCAGAAGUUGAGGCUCAGUUGGUUCGCGUUGGCGUGAAGAAUAGGGGAUGCUCAGGGUUAUCUUACCAUCUAGAAUACGUGGAUAAACCCGCGCCAUUUGAUGAGGUGGUGGAGCAAGACGGAGUCAAGAUCUUGAUUGACAGCAAGGCCUUGUUCAGCAUAAUUGGCACUGAAAUGGACUGGCAAGAGGACAGCCUAGCCAGCCGGUUUGUAUUCAAAAAUCCAAAUAUAAAGGACCAAUGCGGCUGCGGCGAAUCGUUCAUGGUGUAA